GAUUGGGUGGAGAAAAGGAUGAAGAAGGGGCUCUGGAAUAAGAAGGGCAGCAAGGGAGCAAUGGCCGCAGCUGCUAAGGAUGAGAAGGGGAAGGGCCAAGACGACUCCUCCGAUGAUGGUUUCUCGUUUCUCAUGCUAGGGCAGGAUGCAUCUCUCGCUGGUCGUGCAUUGGCUGAUCCCAACUUCCUGGUUCUAGACUCUGGAGCAACAUCUGGGAUGCUUCCUCGCCCAACUACUGGAGUGUGUGAAGAAGGGGGAGCUGAAGGGGGUGGAGGUCAAGGAAGGAGCUGGGCAGCAGAGAAAAUGUCCUGACUGCACAUCUGGAAAGCUGCCUAGAACCUCAUUCCCUAUCUCCUCUGAUCAUGCCUCGACUCCCCUUGAGCUUGUGCACACGGAUGUGUGUGGACCGAUGCAAACUCCUGACCGGGAAAGGGGCAGCAGGGGCCAAGGUAAAGGUGUUAAGGUCAGAUCGGGGUGGAGAGUACCUUGGGAAAGAACUUCAAAUCUUCUUGGAAGAAAAGGGUAUUUCCCACCAGCUCUCUGUACCUUACACGCCGCAGCAAAAUGGGGCAGCGGAGCAGCUUAACAGGACCUUGA